AUGGAGGGCGCGGGCUACCAGUGCCGCAGCAGCCGCUCCAUCGAGAGCGGCCAGUCGGCGGUGCCCAGCGCGGUGCUGUUCGGCGCGGGGCUCGUGGGCAAUGUGCUGGCGCUGCUGCUGCUCGGGCAGCACCGGCGGCGCUCGCGGCUGCCCGGCGGCCGCCCGCCGCGGGCCUCCGCCUUCUACGUGCUGGCGAGCGGGCUGGCGGUCACCGACCUGCUGGGCAAGUGCCUGCUGAGCCCCAUAGUGCUGGCCGCGUACGCGCGCAACCGCAGCCUCAGCGAGCUGUGGCCCGGCGGGCGGCCCGCGGGCGAGCCGGGCGCGCUCUGCCAGCUCUUCGCCUUCCUCAUGGCUUUCUUCGGGCUGGCGCCCACGCUGCUGCUGCUCGCCAUGGCCCUGCAGUGCUGCCUGUCGCUGGGCCAGCCCUACCGCUACCGGCUGGCGCGGCGGCGGCGCGCGGCGGCGGCGGCGGCGGCGGCCGCGGGGCUGUGCGCGCUCUUCUGCGCGCUGCCGCUGCUCGGCUUCGGCGCGCCCAUGCAGUACUGCCCGGGCACCUGGUGCUUCGUGCGCAUGGCGGGCGGCGGCGCCGGCCAGCUCGCCUUCCCCGUGCUCUACGCCUCGCUCCUGGCGCUGCUCGUGCUCGCCGUGGCCGCGUGCAACGUGAGCAGCAUGCGGCACCUCUACGGCAUGGCCCGCCGGCAGCCCCGCCGCGGCGGCGGCCCCCCCGCCGCCGCCGCCGCCGCGCCGCGCAUGGAGGAGCUCGACCACCUCGUGCUGCUGGGGCUCAUGACCUUCCUCUUCACCGUGUGCUCGCUGCCGCUCAUCAUCCGGGCCUACAUGGGGGCGUUUGCGGCUGACUUCAACGAGAACGCCGACCUCAGCGCCUUGCGCUUCCUCUCCGUCAACUCCAUCGUGGACCCCUGGGUCUUCAUCAUCUUCCGCACCUCCGUGUUCCGCCUCUUCGUGCGCCGGCUCUGCCGGAGACUGAGCUCCCGGCGGGCUCCGCUCAAGGGCACCGGCACCGCCGGGGACUGGCGCAGGACGGACGCGCCGCCCCUGCGCUGCCCUUAG